ACAGCCUCGAGCCGUCAGGCCGGACUGAUCCUGGACAGAGGCCAGCAGUCUGAUGGCACGUCGAUGCUGUCCGACCUCCAUCGCGCGCGACGGGACCUUAGGGGGGAAACUGGCUUCAGAACUGAUCUCAAACAGACACUGUGGCAACGUGCUCAAGGCUCUUUCGAUGCAGACAUCAUCGAUGGAGAAGAAGUCAAAGGAAAAUCACAGCUGUACAUGGCAUCCAUACAGGUGAAUGGGACUCACAGGUGUGGAGGCUUUCUGAUAUCGAAGAACUUUGUCAUGACUGCUGCUCACUGCUCCAAGGGCGAGAGGAUGAGCGUGGUCCUGGGCGCUCACAACAUCGCGAGCGCGGACGCGCGCAGGUACGGCGUGAAGCGCGAGUACAGACACCCCGACUUCAAGAACGUGACACUAGGCAGCGACAUCAUGCUUCUCCAGCUGUCCAAGCCAGUGAAGAGAGGGAAGGGGAUCAAUGUGAUUAAGUACCCGCGCAAAGACAGAGACAUCAAGCCGAAGACGAGCUGCACCGUGGCCGGCUGGGGCGCUACUAAAACCCAGGGAAGAGCCGUGGCGAGCCUCCGUGUUGUCAACGUGUCCGUCAUGGACACGGAGGUCUGCCGGAACAUGUGGCAGAGAAAGCUGCCCGCCGACAUCAUCUGCGCUGGGGGCUACAAGACGAAAAAGGGCGCCUGCCAGGGUGACUCCGGGGGGCCCCUGGUGUGCGGAGGUGAAGCCCUGGGCAUCGUCUCGUUCAACUCCGGCAACUGCGAUUACCCCAAUUGGCCCAACAUUUACACGCGGGUCUCCAAGUACCUGCCUUGGAUCCAGAAGAUCGUGAGACAGAGCAGCUGAGGUCCCGGACAGACGGCGGCGCGACACCCGAGCCAAUCGGCUCUGUAAUCGCAGAUCAGUUUAUUUGUUUAUAUGCGCAAGUGCAAUGGAAUGCUUAUACAAAGACGUUAGUGCAACACCGAGCAUACACACAGGUCCGCAGCAGAAACAACCAUUUCAAUAACAUACGACUUAAAAAGCAAGUCAGACAAGCAGUGUGAGAAGGAAAAAAAACAUCAGUGUGAGUCAGUGGUGGGGGUAGAGUUCAGUAACUUGACAGCUUGUGGGCAGAAACUGUCUCUGAAUCUGGAAGUUCGUGUCUUUAUGCUCCUCUAACGCUGACCAGAGGGCAGGGGGAGAAAAGUGGGAAACCAGGAUGACUGGUAUCCUUACGAUACAUCCAGCCUUCCUGAGACAGCGAGCUGUAAAACUGUCCACAAGAGAGGGGAGCUGUACUCCAGUGAUGGACUGGGCUGACCUGAGCACCCCCUGUAACGCCUUCCGCUCAGACAACGCGUUCAUUCGCCUCUCGCUGUGCCCGUCUUCCGUUUCGCUCAGUAAAUAAAAUCAAAAAUCACGUU